AUGUUCAGUAGGAAAAAGUCGACACUCAUGAGCAGAUAGUCGUGACUCUGUUCGGCAAGAGGUUGUCUAUAUUGCGCUCUUGUAUUCGUGAUUGUGCACGCUUUUUAACCAAUUUAAAAAAAAAAAUAGUUUCUAAAAAAAAGGUCAAUUCUUUUUGUGUAGAAAAAAUUUGAAAUAAAAAUUGCUUUUAUUAAAUUAUAAUUUACAUUUAUAUUCUCUGAGAAAACCUGUCUCUUAAAGAAAGAAUCUAUUUUUGGAUUUAAAAAUUAGUUUCAUCCUGUAUAACAAGUAUUUUUUUUUUUAAUUAUAAAUAAGACGCAGUACAUGGACAUUAAAAAUCGGUUUUUCGUUAUUUAAGUAAAAAUGAAAUAAUUUAUUAAUUAAUAAAAUAAUAGUGUGAUGUGAAAUAUUGAAAGUGUUUUGUGUAACUAGGAACAAGUUGUGGAAGACUUUAAGUGUUGAGUGAAUCGAAAUACUUUGUCUUUAAAGGUGAAGAAGAAUCGAGUUAAAAGAGAGAAAGAGAAGGAGAAGAAAAUACUUGUUUGAAACUUGUUUUGAACUUGGAUUGAUCAGUUGGUAGACUUAACACCGAAUGUCAACUGGUGAUGCAUCCACGUGCUUUUAGCACACUUAAAUUCAUUGUGUGUAUGUGUAAGAGGGGGGAACAGCAAUGUGUGUUUACGAUAAUUCACUCGUGAAGAGUUUUAUAGUUCGUAUAUAUAUCCUUGGGAGCCAUUGAUCUGACAGUCAAGCGAAAGAGAGAUAUCCCUUUUUCUUGCUUUCUCACGAUUGGCCAAGGCGACCUUUUCAAUACAAUCUCCAUAGCAUGAACAUCCCUGGAUUGAACAUUCUCAAACUGAAACGAUAAAAAAAACUCUCUUUCAAUUAAAAACUCAUAAAAAGAUCAAUUUAAAUAAUGUAAUUAAAGGAAAUAAUAGAAAAAUGUUGGAACAGGAGGAUUCUCCCAAGAGGAGAUCAACAUUUUAUGUAUCACUUGAUGGUGAAUCACGUCAAGGAAAAAUAGUUAGUAAAACUAUUUCCCAUGAUGCGGAAAAAUAUUGUAAUACAUUUCCAAUUGGAAACACAACAGCAAAAACAACAGGACAAUUGCAACGAACUUUAAGCAAUCAUGAUGCAUUGACUAAUAGUAGUGUGGUGGAGAAUAAUAAAAGGACUGAUGUUGAGUCACGAGGGAAGGUACAGUCGUUGACGAGAAUAUUUGAGGCAUCGAAAGUUGUGGAUGAGGUUCCAGAGCAGCAACAUAAUAAGAAAAAAGUGGAGAGGACCAGGUCCUUCAAGACGAUAGAAAGGUUUCAGAGCCGGUUUACUGGUAAAAAAGAUUCUGGGAGAAAGGACAACAGACUGAAUAAUACUAUAGCUUGUAUUACCGAUACUACGGAGAAUUAUAGUCAUCAUGAUGCUAGACGUAAAAUUCAUCGUGACGAUGAAGAGGAUGUUGAAAGAACAUCGAUAAUGCCCAAGAUUAAAUCAAGAUCGAGGGAAUCGAGAUCAAUUGUCGAGCAAAAGGUCUCGAAACAAAAUAGUAACAGUGGUGGUGGUAGUAGUAAUAAUAAUAACAAUAAUAAUACAUCAUUCGCUAAUUUGAUAAGGAGGACACAUAGCACAAAAUUAGCAAGAAGUACCAGUGCUUUGGUUAGAGCGGGAAGACAAACAACUAUUGAUGAUUCGAGUCAUCAUGAGGAUUUUUCUACAGAUCAUGAAAAGGAUAAUUUUGACGAUACCAGAAAUGAGUGUCCAGAUGGAUGUGUUUUUAAGGAAACUGAUGUCGAUGGUGGAAUUCAUUCAGAUACCUCGUAUGAAAAGGCUUGCAGAAGAGGAAGUGCACCAGCCACUCCUGUCUUGGGUGCAAGGCCCCUUGAUGUCACCCCCAAUCGAAUUGUCAAUUUCUUCUCGAAAAGGUCGUUCCGAUCAAAUCCAUUGAAGAGGACAAAAAGUGUGACAAAAUUGGAGAGGCAAAAACAACGUGGUGCUGGACUACGUGGUUGUCGAUCGCACGAAUCACUUCUAUGCGGUCAGGCGGUGACCUCGAUGGACCUCGCCGCGGUCACUCCGUUGCAUCCAAGUCUUCUUGGACGACCUCAUUGUUUCCAGGUCACACCCAGCAAUGGUGGACCAAAAUAUUUCAGCUGCAGGACUGCCCACGAGCGAGAUCAGUGGCUUCAAAGUUUACGAAAAUCGGUACAACCGGAUGCUGAGCAAACUCGUCGCACGGAUAAUUCUUUGCAAAUUUGGCUUCUCGAGGCAAAAGGCGUACCGGCAAAAAAACGAUAUUUCUGUGAAGUUUGUUUAGACAGUACAUUGUACGCAAGGACAACUGCAAAAUUAAAAGCAGAUCUUUGCUUUUGGGGCGAGCACUUUGAUUUUCAUCACCUGCCAUCCGUUAACACCAUCCAGGUGAAUCUUUACCGUGAAGCCGAUAGAAAAAAGAAGAGGGAUAAGAACGUGUUGAUCGGAUCAGUGAGCAUUCCAGUUCACAAUGUGACAUCUCGAUAUCUCACGGAAAAAUGGUAUACAGUCGUCGGCGAGAAGGGGCCACUAAAAGAGCCACCGGCACUUCGUGUCAAAUGUCGCUUUCAAUCGGUUGACAUUUUACCGGUUCAGGUUUACCAAGAAUUUCUCGAGUAUCUCAAGACUGAUUACGCGUCACUUUGCGAAAAAUUGGAGCCAGUGAUUGGCGUCAAGGCCAAGGAGGACAUUGCCACCGCUUUGGUUGCUGUCAUGCAACGUGAAAAGAAGGCUCCCCAGUUUCUUGCUGAUCUUGUCAUGAUGGACAUUCACAGAAUAGACGACGAGAGGUUAACCUUCAGGGGUAAUUCAUUGGCGACGAAAGCAAUGGAGGCUUAUUUAAAAUUGACGGGUGAUCGUUAUCUUCAAGAGACCUUGGGGGCAGUGGUGCGUGGCGCCGUUGAAGGUGGUGAUUGCGAAGUGGAUCCAAUGAAGGUCGCCUCGGUAGCUGCACUUCACAAACAACAGCAAAAUCUUCGCGCUGCCGUUGAACUCGCCUGGAAUCGAAUACUCACAAGUCAUGCUCAUUUUCCCCUUGAAUUACGUGAAUGUUUUCGAAUAUUUCGCGAAAGAUUGGCUGAAAUGGGUCGCGAGGAUAUUGCCGAUAAUCUUAUUUCCGCUUCAAUUUUCCUACGAUUCCUCUGUCCCGCUAUUCUCAGUCCGUCUCUCUUCAAUAUUACUCACGAAUAUCCGAACGAGAAGGCGGCGAGGAAUUUAACGCUGGUCGCAAAGACUUUACAAACUCUUGCCAAUUUCACGAGAUUCCAAGGCAAGGAGAACUUUAUGGAAUUUAUGAACGAUCUUCUGGAACGAGAAGCGCCUUCGAUGAAAGACUUCCUGCAACUUAUCAGCAGUCCCUUGUCGAAAGAAACAUCAGCGAACAAUUCCCUGGAGUUUGACGGCUACAUUGACCUUGGCAAACAACUUUCGCUACUUCAUGCGCUUCUUCGAGAAAGUGUUGCCGCUACAACAUCAACAUCGCCCUCAUCGCCUCCAUCACGAUUACCAGAAAUUUUAGAUAAAAUAUCAUCAGCGUUGGAUCAACCUGGACCAAGUCCAAUAUCAACUCUUCAUCGUUAUCCAAAUCUUCAAAACAACAUUUUUCGUUUCAACGAUCCAACAAUUUCAAAUAGCAAUUCAAAUCUUUCAAUUUCGGCCACAUCAACGUUGAGCAAUCAUAGUACAUUAAAUGGGACAAUACGCGACAGUAGCGAAGUAUUACAGACAAAUACACUCGGUCAUAAUAAUACAAGAAGUCCAAAUGUUGUACGUGCCGCAACUCUACCACGUAAUGCCUAUUUACCAACGAAUGGUAAACUGCAAUUACAAAUCAACACUGAUGAUUAUCCCCUCGAACCACCGGCAUUUGUAUCCAGAUCACCAACACCAAUUGUUCGACAACAUAGGCCAGUGAUAAAUAAUCGUACCGGCGUUGGCUAUCGAUUAACAGCAAGUGCAAGUCUUGCUAAUGUAAAUCACUGCCAACAACAUCCAACAAGUCCCACACGAUCCGAAAGUCAUAGCAAUCUCAAGGAUUCAAAUUAUAAUAUAACAAACGUUCCACACAUUAGGCAUAAUAAUAUAACAAGGUUACAGAAUCUCGACAUUCACGAUAGAACCGAAGAUAAUUAUAAUCAUAAUUAUAAUAAUAUGUCCACAAAAUCGACAAUAGUAAAUCGAAAUCAUUUUCACAAGGAAGAAAAUGCAAAUCAAACCCAACAGCAAAAUUACAAUAAUGUUUCUAAAACAACAGUUAAUGCAAAUCCAAAUCUCACACUAUCGAUUAAUCAACCGAAUAAUAAUUAUCAUAAUUCAAAAACAAAUGCAACAAAUGGAAAUCUCGAUGAUUUGUCUGAUUUGUUAAGAUACGCGGAUGAUGAAGUAUCAGAAUCAAAAUCACAAAAAGGAUCACAAAUCUCAAUUUCACAAUUGAGUAACGUUGCAUCGUCGGGCUAUCAAAGUUUCGCUGCCUAUAGUCAAAGUUCAAGCCCCGUGGAAUUGAGUAGUAAUAAUGCGAAUGCUCAUAUUAUAAGCGCUGCGCCACUUGCUUUUGCAAAUCCUGUUUAUCAUAUGGAAUCGAGUCAUACGCGUUCAGGCCGACGUGGUAGUAGCAGUUCAGAGGAGAGAGAAAGAGGUGUUGGUAUUGAGGCUGUUCGUGGUGUUGAUCUCAGUCCAUCGCCACCACCACAGCAAAAUGUAAGGAAUGUUAUACAGAGAAAUGGACAAAAUCAAUGGCGACAAAAUAAUACAGGACAUCGUACGAAUGUUGAACAAUCGCAAAAUGUUUGUUGUACAAAAUUACGACGACGUUUGUCACUUGAUUCGACGAGAGAUUUAUCUGAUACCAGCGAGGAAGAGAAUUGCGCCACAAGAAGAAGUAAAUCACGCAGUCAUCGAAGUAUCGAUCAGGUAGAUAAGUACGAGGUGGAAAUUGAAAGGCUACAGAGCAAUGUGGAUCGUUUGAGAGCGCGAUUAGCAGCAACUGAUGAUACGGAAUUAGAUGGCAUUGGACCGGAUACAAAAAUGAAGAGCAUCAUCUCCAGGUUAAUCUCUGUGGAGGAGGAACUUCGUCGCGAGCAACAAAAGAUGUCGGCGGCAUUGUCGUACAAGCAGCGCGUGAUCGACGCGCAGGAACAGCAAAUAGCUGCCCUGGAUGCGGCAAACAAUCGCCUUAUGUCGUCGAAUACAAGACUGUUGUCCGCAUUAACAUCACUUAAACAACGCUACAAUACCAAGGCACAGCCCAAUAAUGAAGCAGCAUCAUUACUUCAAAAUAUUGCCGACAUUGGUGAACUCAAAAGUUCUUCUUGUUAAAUUUUCAUCAUUUGAGUUAUGAGCACUAUAACCAAGCUGAUGAAGAAGAGAAAAAAAAGAAGAUUUUCUUCAAGAUAGAACUCAAUUCUUGUAGAAUUUUUUUUCCUUACUCGUAUAUAAUUGGAGAACGAUAUUUUUUCUCUAAGCUUUUUUUUCUUGUAAAUUAUGUUAAAAACACGUUUGUUAAUUAGGUUUAUAGAACCUAGAAAAUUAGAGAACAUAUGUUCUUUCGUUCUGGGAAUGAUUUUAGGAAAAAAGUCUCAUUUUUUUUAAAAUGAUUAUUUAUUUUAAUCAGAAGAAUUUUUUUUUUCAAAUUCGUUUCGAUAACGAUUUUUUUUAUUUGGAAAAUUUGUUUUUAAAUUUUUCCGUUUCGAGGGAAAAGGGUUUUUUAAAUUUGAGAUUGAGACAAACUUGUCGAUGUUGGAAAUUCAUUAUUUGUUAUCGAAUUUCAUUUAUUUUGUUUUUAUUUUCUUUGUACGUCGACAUAUGAUAUUUAGAGGCUACCUGUGAAUUGUAAACAAGAAAUUAAAAAAAAAUAGGUAGAAACGAUUUUUGUCAAUUAGUGUUAAGAUACGACUUUUCGAGAAUUUUGACCGCCCUUUAUAGUGACAAUUUUUAUCGAGGAUCGUUUAUCUCGCGAAUGAGAUGAAAAAACGAUUUACAAUAAAUACAAAAAAUUGCCUUUAAAUUCUUUUUCAAGUAACAUUUUUUUUCUUUAUUAUAAUUUUUUUUUGGUAAAUUUUUGAUAAAAAAGAAAGGCUUUUUGCAAAGGAAUUUAAAAAAAAAAUGUCCACCCCAAAAAUUUGUAUGGAGUCAAAGAAAAAUGUUUUGUAUAUACUUAGCAUCAUAACGCACAAUUAUUGUACGACACAAUAUAUUUAAAAUAAGCCGUUGAAUCUCCGUAUAUAUAUAAACUUGUAACUUAAUACUCAGAGAAUUUUUUUCCAUGUAUUUAGCGAAGCUCUUUUGUUUUUCAAAGAGAGUUCUAAAGCGAAAUUUUAAAGAAAGAAAAUUCAGAGCUUCGGGACUAAAAAGAAAAUAAUUGUCUCGAUCAAAGCAAAUAUACUUUAAAUGCGAUAAAAUAUUUAUUUCGUAGUUGUUACCAAAGAUAAAAAAAGAAAAUUCUUUCUGUAAAUUUAGUAAAAUUUUUUUUUCUUUUGAUAAAUUUAACAAAUUUGUAAAAUUUUGGAGUAAAUUGUCUAUUCGCAAUUUACAAAAUUAUAUAAUUCUAUAAAUUUUGUAAAAUUGAUCAAAAAUUUAUAUUCAAUUUUUUCAUAAAUUCAGCGAAUUUGUAGAAAAAAAACAAAUUUACACGCAAAUUUUGGUAAAUUUAGCAAAAAGGUAAAAUUUACUAAAUUUACUAUAAUAGAAUUGUAUAAAGAAAAACACACAAAUGUCGUGUAAGAUAUUUCACACUGCCUGUGUCAUUUUUCAAAUUUCAUUUCCGAAUUUUGAUAAUUUUUAGAAACUUUUUCUCAGGAAUUCUUUCAUUUGUAUUAUUUAAGAAAAAACAAAAAUUUCUAAGAAGAAAUUUUUUUUAACGAAAGAAUUCUUGAAAUAAAGUUUCUUUCAUACAUUUAUACGCAAAAUUUCUCAUUGUCAUUGCUUAUUAUCGGGGUGUUUUUUUUACAAAAAAAAAAACACAAAUUCUUCAAUUUCCGGCAAAAAAAAAGUUUAUUUUUUUUGCUGGACACAGUGCGUACCGCAUGACAAUUAUUAAUUAUAUAUAGCGUUUCAUUGCUGUUUUCUGUUUCUUUAAACUGCAGCAAAAUUGUUAUAAGUUUUUUUUUUUUUUUUUUUUUUUUUUUUUUUUUUUUUAUA